ACAGUCUUCUUUUUUGUGAAUGUCUGCAACUAAAGGAAAUUGUUAAAAUAAUUAAAAAAGAAAGUAUUUCACAAAAAGUUUAUAUUUCUAUAUUGUAUAAUUACUAUCCAGAGAUGUUUUGGCAGUUUUUUUUUAUUGUAUUAUAUGAAUCAUAGGAUUCAUAUCUACUACAUUUAAUUUUUUAUUAUAAAGUACGAGUGAUGCCCAGAAACCCCGACAAUUUUUUAAUAUGACACAUUUAUUUCUACUGGUGAUUUUUGCUUUCAAUUAUGUAGAAGUACAUACUUCCCUCGGAGACAGUUUUCCUUCUUAUAGAAAUUGUGUUUUAGAAUGCACUGACAAAAGAUGCGAAAAGGAUGGUACACGGUAUAAAAGAAAUUGUUGUGGUGCUAUUUUUGAUGUUUUCAAAUGGAAAUGUUCAGAAAAUUGUAAAUAUGACUGUAUGUGGCCAAUGGUAGAAGGUUUAGUUGAACGUGAUUGGCCUGUCCCUCAAUUUCACGGAAAGUGGCCCUUUAAAAGAAUCCUUGGUUUACAAGAACCUGCAUCAGUAGCAUUUUCUAUAUUGAACUUGCUCACAAAUUUAUUUAUGUUCAACAGAUUUAGAGAACAAAUACGUUUUACUUUGCCAUCAUUCAAUAUAUGGUCGCUCUACACAUUGGUGUCAGCAAAUUGUUGGAUCUGGUCAGCUGUAUUUCAUGGACGAGAUACCAUGUUUACUGAAAUUAUGGAUUACAUCAGUGCAUAUGCAAUGGUUUUGUUUGCUUUUUAUACCAUUGGACAUCGUAUUUUAUUAUUUAGUAAACCAAUUAUUAAAAGCACGUUUACAUUAAUUUGUUCUUUUGCUUUUAUUUAUCACUCAUUAUACUUACUCACUACAGAAUAUGAUUAUAAAUAUAAUAUGACAACAAAUUUACUAGUUGGCACAGUUACUGGAACAGCUAUGCUAAUUUGGGCUGUAUGGAACCGCAAAAAAAUGGGUCAUGGUAAAUAUUUGAUAUUUUAUGUAAUUGGUAUGACAUUAGCAUCACUGUUAGAAUUAGCAGAUUUCCCUCCAAUUUUGUGGACAUUUGACGCUCAUUCUCUAUGGCACCUUGCUACUGCUCCUAAUGCUUAUUUUAUGUACAAGUUUGCCAUAGAAGACUGUAAACAUCAACGCAGAAUGUUCCUCAAAUGACAGUUUCUUGCACUGGGGAUACCUCAGACACAAGAAGAAUAAUUAUUAGUUUCGCCUCAUAACUUCUAUGCUUGGUGUGUUUUAACUUUUAAAUUAUUCUCUUUUAAUUGAAUAACCUUCAUUAUCAGUGUAUUAUUUUUAUCUAAAUUUUGUAUAAAGAAAAGUGUUAUUUAUUAUUUUAUAAAAAUGAAGUGCAUACUACAUUUUUUCAAUGUUUUAUUUCCAUUGUUAAAUUUUUUCAAAAAUUAUUCAUUCUAAAAGAAUGCAUUUGAAGGGGACAGGUGUUAUUCUAUGCCCUGGUAGCAAAUUUUACAUUAUAUAAAACAACAAUAAAUAAAAAAAAAUAUUUUUUCAAAAAAUAAAUGUCGCUUGUAAAUUUAAAAAAUGUAGGUACUGUUUUUAUUACGGAACGUGAAAAAUAGUUUUUAUAUAAUAACAUCAUAAUGUUAUAAUGAUUCUUUUUAUAUGAUACAAAGAUAAUUUUCAAAUUUACAUGUUUAAAUUUGUAUGAUAUUUAUAUUAUAAUACAUAUAAUUCCUAGAUACUAUUAUUUUUAAAUUA